GGUCAAGGAUGAGAGAGUGGGGGAAAUGGGAUCCCAGCACAAGUCGUCAUGAGGCUGGGUCCACCCCUCCUCCCUGCACAUCAGGCUGGGCAUGUGACUAGGACUGUGGCUGCACUCUUCAUAUGAGCCAAAAUGUAUCCCCGUCUCCUCCGAGCUUACGUUGGCUUCCCUUGACUUUCCGCCCCCGCCUCCAGGAAGCCCUCCUCGCAGGGUGACCUCACCCUGGGAGCCCCGAAUGAGCAGGCCCACUGGCACCUGGCUCCUUCGUUUUCCCUUAAUGCGUUUCUGACUCCUCCGGGUACCUUCGGCUGGCUCCCUCCCCCACCCCACUCAAGAUCCUGGCCAGAGAAGUUUCCUUCCCUGUCCCUCGCCAUGAACUCUCUUCACGUGGCACACCCUUACUGGCCCCGAAACCUCCAGCUCAGUGGUUAUGUACCCAACGAUAGACCAGUGUGGCAGAUCCUCACAGUCUUCUUUUCUGUCUCGGGGGCGCUCCUGGUGGUUACCUGGCUGUUAUCUGGCCAGAGGAGGAGAGAGAGUGGAAACCUGGUGCCACCUCUGGGCCCCUGGCGUCGCCUGGCAAUCUGCUGGUUUGCCAUGUGUGCCUUUGUGCACAUGGUGAUUGAAGGCUGGUUCAGCGUCUACAAUCAGGACAUUGCUAGGGACCAGGCCUUCUUGUCGCAGUUGUGGAAGGAGUACUCCAAGGGUGACAGCCGCUAUGUUCUAGCAGACAACUUCACUGUGUGUAUGGAGACAGUGACAGCCUGGGUGUGGGGCCCACUCAGCUUGUGGGCUGUGGGGGCCUUUCUGCAACAGAGGCCAGAGCGUUUCCUUCUCCAGCUUGUUAUUUCCUUAGGCCAGCUGUAUGGUGAUGUCCUUUAUUUCCUCACUGAGUAUCGAGAUGGCUUCCAGCAUGGGGAGCUUGGGCAUCCACUCUAUUUUUGGUUCUACUUCGUUUUCCUGAAUGCCUUGUGGAUCAUUGUGCCUUCUGCCCUCCUCCUGGAUGCCUGGCGACAACUGGUGCUUGCCCAGUCGUUGGCAGAUGUUGCUGCUGGCCCCCAAGCCUGGAGAAGGCAGCACGAGCAUCUCCAGUGAAGACCUCCACUGGGGUGGGGGUGGGGGAGUGGGAAGAGGGUCCCUUGGAAGCACUUUCUCACAUUGAGCCAUCCCUCCCUCCUGGCACUGUUGGAUUUUUGUAGCAGUGUAUUGUUCGGGUAGCUUCUUCCUCACUUGCUUAACUUGUGGGGCAGUGCAGGGACCUGGUCUUCACCACCACCCCCCAUCCCACCCCCAAAGAUCUGCCCGUGACAGUGUUAAUAAAGGCUGCUGAAGGAGGC